AUGAAAUCAUUGUUCGUGAAGCAAUUCCUGGUGGCCGGUGGCCUGACAGUGGCAUCCGCCUUGCCCUCGCUUCAGCCACCUCGUGCCGACCCAACCCAGGGUUCGUAUCCGCGAUGUCGAUUUGCGGCUGAUUGGUCCCAGGAGGCUGUGCUCAAGGACCCGAGCGGGUUCGAACGGGACCUCCUGUUUUGGGAGGGCAAGUUUCAUCAAAACAAUGUUGCGUACAACUCGGUCAAUGGCAUGACAUAUGACGGAACACAGCUCAACUGGACGACGGGAGCGCGUACUCAGAAGCAUACCUUCAGUGCUGCCAGUAAAGAGAUAAUGCUCUAUGCACGCGCCAUAGCUGGCUCUAAAAAAGCAGCUCGCUUCCUUACGCCCGAUGAUCCCACCAAAGCCCGGAAGCUUGCAGCAUCCAUCAUGAAGACAAAGCUCCGGACAUAUCUUCAAUUCAACGAGUCCUACCCGGGGUUUGGCGGGUUUCUGCCUUGGAUGACAACCAGCAAGCGCCAGCCGUCUCCAACUUGGGACUGGGUAAACCGAGUGCCUGCUUUGGACAACGGUGAGCUCGUUUGGGCCGUGUAUGCUUGCAUCAGUGCCCUUGAGCUGAGCGGAAAUAAAUCAUUCCAACGUACCGCCAAGAGCUGGCAGAAGUGGUUGGACUAUGUCAAGACCACGGCUGCUACCGUUUUCUACCGCGGAGAUGGCCGUGUGUGCGCAGUGGCAAAGAUCAACAACCAGACUUUGCCUCCCAAGAAUGCAAAGCAGGGAUACCAAUGCGAGGGCACAAACUACCUCGAUGACCCCUAUGAAGGCGAGCUAUUCACCCAUUUCUUGAACGCCUUUGGCGGGCUGUCUCGAGACGACAGGGACGCACUGUGGGAGGUUAAGAGGGCGAAGCUUGUAAGCGUGGAAUACAACGUGGGCGGAGUUGGGCCCAUCACGGUCGAGCAAGGAUACUGGUUCUCUAGCCAUGAACCGUGGAAGGUUCUUGAACUGCCAUACUACGAUGUUGACCUUGUGAAGAGGUUAUAUCGCAACGCGGAGAGGGCAAGGACUUGCAACUCGGUGGUGACCAAGGUCCCUGGGCUCUUCGCAUCUGUCAACAACUCUACAGACCCGAAGACGGAUAAAAUCAUCGGCUACAUCUCCCCAGCUGGGAUCCCCUCCAUCGCAAGCCAGAAAGAGCAGGAACACGAUGUCAUCACACCAUACGGUGCCUGGCCCACCAUACUGUUUGACAAGGCUGUUGGAUUGGCGUGGUGGCGCAACAUGGUCGUCGCAAAGAAGAUGCAGAGUAAGCCCACGUGGAUAAAUGCCGUCGUCGGAGAUGCUAAUUUGGAACCAGAUCUUUACGGAAGUACUGAAUCCACAAGAGUAGACGGGGAACUAGUGUCGGCACUCGUUACUUGGGACAGCAAGAUUACAACCGUUCUGGCCCUUAUGGGUGGUGUUGGUGGCCUUGUUCGUCCAAAGAUGAAGAGGGAUCGCAUUUACAAAGAUUUCAUCGCGAUCACGAAGAGAGAGUACGGUCACGUAUUCAAGGACUUGAAGGGAGAAGACAUUGCACUUUGCCUACCAAACGAGACGGUGCCGGAUGCCGGUUUGGAGGACUUUACCCUCUGUUCCGCACAGACUGUAAAAAAUGAGGAUGGAGGGGAAAUGCGAUUUUCCUGA